GGCGGGCUGUCUCGUUACGCAUGCCCGGGCGGCGGCGGGACUUUCCACGGAUUUUACCGCCGGAAGUUCGGCGGCCAUUACCAAAGAGUGCGAGUUCGGCUGGCUUGCUAGAGAGGCUUGUUUCCGCCCCGCUCCCGGGUGGUGGGCGGCCAUUUUAGCUGGAGAAACACCUAAGUUCUGGAAAUAGCGACUCAGUAUCAUGGCCGGCAGCCCUAAUGAAGAUCCAGAAGGAAGCAGAAUCACUUAUGUGAAAGGAGACCUUUUUGCAUGCCCCAAAACAGACUCUUUAGCCCACUGUAUCAGUGAGGAUUGUCGAAUGGGUGCUGGGAUAGCUGUCCUUUUCAAGAAGAAAUUUGGAGGGGUGCAGGAGCUGUUAAAUCAACAAAAGAAAUCUGGAGAAGUGGCUGUUCUGAAGAGAGAUGGGCGAUAUAUAUAUUACUUGAUUACAAAGAAAAGGGCUUCACAUAAGCCAACUUAUGAAAACUUACAGAAGAGUUUAGAGGCCAUGAAGUCCCACUGUCUGAAGAAUGGAGUCACCGACCUCUCUAUGCCCAGGAUUGGAUGUGGUCUUGAUCGUCUGCAAUGGGAAAACGUAUCUGCAAUGAUUGAGGAGGUGUUUGAAGCAACAGACAUCAGAAUUACUGUGUACACACUCUGAACAGACGGGCGCUUUGGAUGUGUCCACAUUCUCCUGUUUUAACCCCUACUGGACCAUAGCACUGGGUGAACUGGUCUAUUUAAGUCCUCGGUCAGGGGAAGUUUCAUGCGAAGUAGUCUGUGUCACAGGCCAGACUUGGGUUACUGUAUUCUCAUGAUUGGACUGGAACUGUGGAGGAGGGAUUGCUUGGGAAAUGAUGCUGUGAUGUUUUUUGCAAGGUAAGGAGUAGAUGGCCUGAUAGGAGACAAGGAAACCGGAUGUUGGGCCUCUGACCCCUGUUUCUCCGGGAUGCUUCCUGACUUGUUUGGCUUGCCACUGGGUGGCAGCAUUGAUUAUACUUCUCUGCUGUUUAAGAGAAAUUUCAGGAAGGAUGAACAUUUCAGUUAAUUUUCCAUCUUUUGUCAUUUGUGAGUUUGCUUAGUAUUAAUCUAAUGUCACGUUCAUCCUAGGAGAGAGUGAUGGGUUUUGUUUUGUUUAAAUUACAAAGAUGAGUGUUAUGUUGUUAACAAGAUAUUUGUGGUGACAGAAAUGGAAGAAUAAAUAUCUUUUGGGGUCUAGUAAGGUUCUGUACACACAUCUGUUGUUCUGGACCUGGGUAAUGGAAGAUUCGCCUGAAAAUUAAUUGGGAGAAAUCAGACAAAGGGUCCAGGGGGAAGAGCAGCAAGGUGAGAAGAAAUCAGAAUGGACAAGAACUGUGGGUCAGUAUUUCUGGAAAGGAGGGUUUAGAAUCCUUUUCUGGUGAACCCUUUCUUCUUCCACCACAAAGCUUCUGUGACUGAACGUGUAUGAAUUCAGCCAUGAAACAAAUGAGGUAACGUAUAGUAAAUGCCUGCUGAAUUGCUCAGGGCAGAGUAAUGACUCAACAAAUCAGCGGCUCUCAACAAAAUCCUUACGAAUCUUUUUAAGAAAAAGGCCCACUUCCUUCAGAAAUUCUAGUUUGGUAGUUUGGGGUGGGGUGGAGGGCUGGCUAUAUUUCUUUGUGCUUUUAAGCAGCAGAAGGUUGUGGUAUGCAGCCAGCUGGAAUGGAGAAUAGUAAAUAUUAGUCCCCUUUUCUUUCUAAGCUAAGAGAGCACCACUUUAUCCACUCCUGUGCUCAUGGUGAAAGAGUAUGUCCCCGGAUUCAGUAUCCAAGGUAUUGGGAAAACUAGUGGAAUUUUCUGUUUUACUGUUACUAUGGUAUUAAAACAAGGGCACCUGGCUGGUUCAGUCAGUAGAGCAUGCAGCUCUUAAUGGCAGGGCCUUGCAUUCAAGCCCCACAUUGGGCAUACAGCCUACUUGAAAUAAAAAAAAAUUAAAGUUAGGGGUCCCAGGGUGACUCAGUAGAAUGUCCCGACUCUUGGUUUUGGCUCAGGUCACGAUCUCCUGGUUCUUGGGUCUGAGCCCCACAUCACCACAGAGUCCGCUUGGGAUUCUCUCGUUCCUUCUCUCUCUGCCCCUCCCCCGCUUGCAUGCUGGCUCUCUCGCUCUCUCAAAAUAAAUCCGCUUUUUUUAAAAAGUUAAAAUAGCGAGACCAACUAUUGAUUUUCUCCCUAGAGUGAAUUCUGGGUCUGUCCUGGGACUUGCUGCUUACUCAAGUAUAAAAGAACUGGUUUUCAGAAGGGGGUUGCUGAAACACUAUGGAAACACCAGUUAAAUAUAAUCUUUGUACUUUAGACUCGUGUUCUUAUCACACUGCAGCCUGAUAGGAGGCAGCAGUUUCAAAAAGUACUUCACUUUUGUAUCUCUGGAACAGACAAGUUCAUGUUGUUGGGUAGGGGUAGUGCAGGGCCAAGUUCAUUGUUAGGCUUUCUUGAAGCUUCACUUCUGUCCACAUAUGGUAAAACCGAAGGGGGGAAAAGAAAUGUCUAAAUACAAAACACAGAAUGAGAGUGGGAUGGUAAGAGCAAGCUUAGAAUGAAAGUAUUUUGUUUAUGCAAAUAAAUCUUUGCUUUUGGCUCAAAA